AUGUCUUUUUAUAAAAACUUCUCAAAACCACGAAAAACAUUUUCCAAUACAACUGUUAUUGAAAGACCAAGCUCAUCCUGUACCCAGUCAUCACAAGAUGACAAUCAAUUUUCCUCUAAUUUUACCAGUGACAAUUCAUAUUUUAUUGAAUUUGUAAAUGAGGAUGAUGCAGCAGAGCCAGAAUUAACACAUGAAAAUGAAGAUGGAAAACUUAUAAAGGAUACCCCAAAAAGAACUAAGCGUAAGAGAGAAGAUUCAGAACUCAGCGAAAUAAUUGACAUUGCUAAGUCCAUAUCUGGCCAGGUGCAAUCUAAUGCAAAGGAUAUAAAUCGUACAUUUGCAGAUUAUGUAUAUUCUUUGCUUAGUAACAUAAGCCCAGAGGAUGCCAAAGAAAAAAGAAGGCAAAUCAUUUGCAUUCUUGAGGAUUAG